GACGCCUCAGUCCCUUGUGAAGCGCAGGUCUGCAGAGAAGUAAUAAUCACAGGAACGCUCGGUCCAGACCACAUGGUGUGAAACGUGAAUAUUUUGGUCUAGGAUAGAAAGAGAGAAAAAGAUAACAAGUGAGUUUGAAAGGGUGUGAAUAAUUUCUCAGGAAAAAAGAAAAGUAAAACAAAAAAUACUUUGUUAGUAGAUCAGAAUAAACGAAGGGAACGACAAGAGAGGAACUGAGGGUGAACACACAAAACAUGCGGAACGGAACGCUUGGCAGCCCUGAGAGAUUAAAAAUGACGGCCAUCUUUCUGCUUCUGUUACUCGGUCAUUCAACCAUCAGCCAUCAAGAGGAGCCGGCUGAUCCCAUCGCCGCGGAGGAGGAGGAGGUGCUCGAAGGGCCCGAGGAACUCCGCUUCCACGGCCUCAACAUCCUGGGCAGGGACCUAGACGUGCAGAUGAGCGACCCCUCUGAGCGCGAACUGAAGAACUUGGCCAAACCAGCGGCUCGGGAGGCGCCGGGGCUGACGCUGGAGCAGCUGAAGGAGAAGUACAGGGAAAAACUCGAAGAACUGGAGAGGAGGCAACAGCAGAAGAGAUACAACAGAGAUGAAUUGUGAUAAAGGAGAAGAAAAAAGAGAGGAAAAGUGUCGAUUGUUAUUUUAAACGUUUUGUUGAAAUUUAUUUUCAAGAAAUUAAUGUAGUAGUAGUUUUUUUAUUUAAUAAACUAUUACCUAUCCUACUGAA